AUCGGUCAUUUAACUCCUACAAUAUUACAACGAGGCGUAGUGUGCACCAAUUCGAGAUAAAUUGGCCCAGCGUGUUCCAAACGAAUCGUCGUCUACCCUGAUGAGUUCUGUUGUCGAUGCGUAAAGGAUAGUUGAGAUCUGCUGGUCUUGGCAGACGAUAGAAUUAUCACAGGUGCACAUUCUGACUGACUCUGGGAAUGUGGAUAAACAAUAGGAAUGGGUCAAAGAAGUCUGGAUAAACAAAAGGAACAGGUCAGAUAAGUGUGGAUAAACAGUAGGAAUGGGUCAGCGUGGAUAAACAUUAGGAAAAGGUCAUAGGGUCAGAUAAGUGAUGAUAAAGAUUAGAAAUAGGUCAGAGAAGCGUGGAUAAACAUAAGGUAUGGGUAGAAGAAGCGUUGAUAAACAUUUGAAAUAGGUCAGACUAAAUGUGGGUCAGAGAAGCAGGGAUAAACAUUAGGAAUAGGUCAGACAAGUGUAUCGUGAGUAUAGCUUAUAAACAAGAUAAUUUGUCAGUGGCAAAUCAGAUUUUACACCAGUACCAGACUUUGACACAGGGAAGAAGAAUUCUCAAUGGAUCAUGAAUUCCAGAAUUGUUUGAUACAAAAAGAAACUCAUUUCUUUGGUUGGAAGUUAUGGUGAAAUCCUGAAAACUAAAUACCUGCAUCUGUGUCUCAGUUUCCCUUGAUGAUAUGAUUUCACCGUUACUCAAAAUAUGGGAAAAUAAAGGACUGCAAGUAAAUAAUUGGAGAUCAAUGAUUCUGGCAAUUAAAAUGGAUUUUUGACAAAGGCAGCUUCUGAUCGUGUGUACUGAUCGUGACACGGAAUAGAAUACGAAGUGAUUAGUGCAGCUGUAUAAAAAUCUGACAAAAUGUCAUCUACACAAUUACCCAAACUGCUGAUUUCAGCAACUCCGUCAAUGAACUUUUCAUUCCAUACAACCACAGAUUGGUUCGAUACGAAUGGGACUACCCCGAUAGACCCAAACAGCAUAAAACCGUCACGGCUUUCAACAGCCAUAACAGCUAUAGUGAUGUCACUGGUUGUCCUGGGCGGCAUCAUCGGGACAUUCUGGAUCAUGUGGGCAGUUCUGCGGCGGAAAAACAUGCGUGGUGUUAUCGUGAAUGUGUUUAUAAUAAGUCUAUGUGUCAAUGAUCUACUGAAUUGUUUCAACCAGGUUUUUGUUAUUAUCUCGUACGUGGCACUGGAGUGGAUAACCGGGGACCGUCUUUGCGGAAUCGUGCCGGAAUUCUCGAUGUUUUUAGCCGGAGCUGCGCUCUGGCACCACGCCUUUAUCGCCAUCCAUAGAUAUCUCGUUGUCUGUCACAACCGGACGUAUAAACGCAUGUCAAAAACGUGGUAUAUUUUGAGUGUGCUGGUCGUGACUAGGGUGAUCCCGGCCUGCCUUGUCAUCCCUGCUUUUGUCAUAGACAUGUCCAUAUACAUCCCUAAACUUCUGCGUUGCGUCUUUUCGCCGAAAUACGGGGCUCGGACAAUUGCGGUUGUUGUGACACUAAUACUAGUUCCUUUCACGAUAGUUAGUUUCUGUUUCUCCAUGAUAUUCUGCUACAUUCAUCGAAUGAGCCGGAAUUCCAGAAUACGGGAUCGGUCGGCCCAGCACGAGAUUCAAAUUACCAAAAUGUUUGGCGUUGUUUUUAUCGUAUUUGUGAUUGGAUUCGUCCCGUAUGGAUUUAUACGUAUUGGGGACAAAGAUGGACGAUUAAGCCCGGAUGUUUACGUCAUCAUCACAGCUUUAUAUGCAAUUGCUUCUGCAAUAAACCCGGUCCUCUACGGCACGAUGAAUAAAAGUAUCAGAAGUGCAUGCAUCGAUGUACUUUGCUGUCCGUCAUGCGUCAAGGAGAACUUACGCGUGCAGGAGGAGAGUACUGCAGGAAACGGAACGAUUAGUAUGUAUCUGAGGGCAAACAAUGACCAGGAACAUAGGACGAGUGUAUCGCUUUUGAGCAGGUCAAGUGCCUGUGGUGAUUAGCUAAUUAGCUAAUUAAUUGACUCCAAACGUUUCCAUGUAUGGUGUAAGAAUUGCAUGCUGCAUGCAGUUGAUUCAUUAGCGGUAGGCUGUUUGCCUGUCAUUCUUUUGGCAAUGUACAACCGUACCCCUUUUAGAUUUCUUUCCAGAAAGAAGAAAUUUGAGAUGUAAGCGGUAAAGUUGGGUUAUUAUUCCAAAUGUGUUCUGUAACAGAUGAUGAUGGAAUGAGUUUGUGGGACCUUAGCAUCGUGGAAGGACCUGCUGCAAACGAUGUUUCUGUAGAACACCAGCCACCAUUUUUGUAUGAACGUAUGAGAAAGGAUGUUCUUGGAUGCAAGGCUGUGGCAGUAUUGUAGGUCGAUCCUCUCAGUAAAGAUUUUUCAAUGGAUACCGUAAAUACUGGUGAAGAAGUUUGUCAUCGAUGUCAGACCUGUCAUGUGACUCCAAAGUAUCCGCCAUGUUGGUCGUCAGAAUAUCAUUUGAUGGCUGCCAUUGUAUUCCCUAGAGUAUUUCAAAGAUCGUGUGUUAGUUAAACUAUCAGCGACGUGGAUGUGGACGUAGCUCGUUUGGGGCGGAAAUCUGGGUGAAAACAAAAAAGUGAAUUUGCCUGUUCAGCCUUGCGUGAGGAGAGCCGUUCAACUCUUUAAUGACCAUCGUAGCAAUGAUGUCAAAACUUUCACAUUAUAUUUUGACAUUAUCACUUCGCUGUGACGUGGGUUAUCCAUUGUGACCUUGACCAAUGUGGUGGUUGCGUGAUGUCACGUGAAGACCAUCUCCAGCAUAGUGAUAACACUCUUACUCUGAGUCAUUACUGGUCCAUUUAACUUGUGUCCAAGAAACAUUCUUUUCACGAAUUUGCGUAGCUCAUCAGCUGAUUUUAAUAGUUGCCAUGUUUCAAUUUGAUUGGUCAAAAAAUUGAAAUAUAUAUUUGUCUACUUCUGUAUCACACUGUAAAUAACAAUGAAAGUUAGCUAUGUACCCACUGUAUACCAUAUCGGGAGAUGGAUUACUCUCACAUAAUGAGACACAAAUGCUCUGAGCCUAUUUUGAUUUUCCCGAGCAAAUGUGACCAUAAUCUCCGCAGAAUUGGAGUGUCCACAGAGAAAAAUAUGAGAUGCCGAUUCUCCUGGGCGAUUUUAUGAGAACAAUUCAUCUUCUUUUGUAUACAAGUAUAGUCUUGUACAGAGGUUUAUGAUGGGAUAUUGUAUUCCCAGGGCAGGGGCGGGGGUUGCACUAGCUUUGUGUUAUUUCAUAUGUGUAAUCUUAGAGAAUACUAGGACUAGUUGCCGAGUAAUGUUGUGGGUUGUGUAUACAUAUUAUAGGUGGCCCAUAUCAACAGUGCAUGGUUCACGUCGCUACAAGGGCAGAACACAUGGAUAUAACAACAUUGUAUCAGGUCUCGAUCUGACAAUGGCUAUUUCCCAAUCGGGAAAAGAGAUGCAUCUUGGAGACUUGUCACAUUUUUUUUCUCCUGGAUUAAGAACGGUCACUCAUGAUGAAAUGCACAAACAACAACCUAAAUUGUGAAACUUUCCAUGUCAUAUUUAAUUCAAUACGGUAUGUUCACAACAAAAUAUGAAUGCUCGACUUACAAUGGUUUAUUGACCUGUCGAUGUACAUGUAAAUGGUUUUACAAAGCCUCAGGUUGGUUGCUUAUUCCUUAUUCCCGAAUCUCAAGGAAAUUACUUCAUUCUGGGUUCUCAACGGAGGUCUCGUUAGUAAUUCAUCGGUAAAGGCUAAAUGCAGUUCCCAUUGGCAAUAAAGGGUUAUGCUAUACUCCAGCAUAAUCCUCCAAGGAUCCGAAAUAAGUAUAAACGGGAAUAAGAAAUAUAAGUAUGGUGUUUUACCAGCCACGUGUACCAGCAGAUAUACAGUAUUUCUAACAAGGGGCUCUGUAUGUGCAACGUACAUUGUGAUAAAAGGAGGCGCUCCAGUUUAUUUGUGUUCGACCGAGUCCCAUGACCUUGAAAACGUCAGAUAUCAAAAGCGUAAUAAAAUCCUUCGUCCCAGGAACACUACUCUAUUUCAGGGCAUCUCAACUGUUGGUCCAUGACCCUGAAAAUGAAAUACGACAUAUCGAGUUAAAAGCUCCAUCGUGAUUCCAUAGAGAGUUUGGUUCAAAACUCAUUGGUUUUGACUUAGAGCAGACAAACACUACGAUUGUGGAAAAUUUGCAUUUAUUGACUGGUGAGUCGGUCAAAUAGUUCAUCACUGAGAUAAUCGUGCAGGUCAUUUUAGAUGUUUCCUUUCUUGAACUGUGAUAUUCGAUCACAUGCAUCAGAUACAAUCUCCGUAGUAUUUCUCAUUCAAAAGAAGUGGUUAUCUUAUUGAAGCUUGCUUACACAAUUU